AUGUCGAAGCUGCUCGACUCCAAGGGCUGGGCGCUGCCCAUCCGCCUGCUUAGCUGCGGCGCUUUGCAGUACACGCUGGUGGCCCUGUCGAUCCUCACUGGUCGCCGGCACCAGAUCCGCGUGCAGCUUGGCAGUCGCGGCUGCUUGGACUCCGACGGCCGACUGCCUCAUGAAAACUUUCGACAUCUGCUCGUCGAAUAG